ACUUAUAGUCAUAUAGAGAGUGUUCAUGAGUCGAACAAACAUAUAUAGAUGUGGCGUGACAUCGUAAGAUACUUAUUAUCUAUUCUAACUAUAACAUUAAUAAUGGAUUACACGAGAGUUAACAGUUCGUAUAUCAGAGAGAACUUUAACAAGAUGAAACCAGAGCAUUGUUUUGAAUCUUUAUCAAAUUACAAAUUAGACAGAUUUUUUUUUGUUACGCUUAUCUUAAUCUGCAAAAAACAAAAAAAAAACAAAAACAAAAACAAAAGAGACAUAAAUAUGGUGCAAAAAGAUGACAUAGGACUUAGGAGAUGAACAGAAACCAUCCAAUAAUAUAACUGUAUCUUACGCUAACCCUAAAGCCACGUGGCGAAUUACCAUUCCUCCUCAUCUGCCCCGAAUGAUAAUCUUUUCGGCUCACCGGAGAGAGACAGACACAAAGACUAUAGAGAGAGAGAAAGAAAAGAGUGAGAGUGUUUUUGUGAAGAGAGAGAAAGAUAAAUGGAUCAAGAUGAGUGGUUGGGAACGCUAAGAUACGCCGGUAAGGCGCAAGAUAAAGUUUCCGUUGACGCUCUCAUGCUCCGGUACCGUCCGAUCGCUCCUAAGCCAACGAGUGGUCAGCCAUGUGGCGUGGGAGAUAACAAUAACAGUGGAUCGUACGGUAUGAGCAAACGAACCAAACGUAAGUACGUUAGGGUUUCGAAGAAUAAUAGAAGCACGAGUCGAGGGAAGAGCAGAUCUGACUUGUCUAAUGAUCGGGAACAAGCCGGGGUCGUGACGUUGCAACUCUUGCCGGAAAAAUCAGAUCUUCCCGGUGAAUACUCGCCGUUGGAACAGGAUAGUCUCGAUCCGACGGUGAAAACGAUAAUCGGAGAUGAGACACAAGAAACCAACACGUGGGGUACGUUUAAAGGCGGCGUCACGGCGGAGGUGGAGACUUGGGUGACGGUGGAGUCCGUCACAGGGGUUUCUGAUGGUAGUUUGAGUUCCCAUGCGGUGGGGUUUACGGACGUUGAGAUCGUUGAUAAUCUUGGUAAAGACACGUGUCCAGCGUUCGUAUCGGAUGCUUCGAGCCGUGUUGUGUGGGUCAACGAGGCUUACCGGAGGAAUGUUUCCGGUGAGGAUUCAUCCUCGUCCUUGUUGUCGCCGGAUGUUGUUGUGCGGUUAGAGGCGGAGGAGGCGACGGCGGCGAUGUAUUGUAACUACCGAGCUUUCACGUGUAGGGUGAGGAUGCAAUACACGUGGCAGGAAACAAAAUAUACCAAAACGGUGCCGUGUGAUGUGUGGAAAAUGGAGUUUGGUGGCUUCGCAUGGAGGCUAGACACAACAGCUGCUCUGACUCUAUGGCUUUGAUGGUGAUUGCUGCCUGAAACAAAGAGGGGUACGGAAUAAGCUAUUGUGAUUUUAGAGUGUGACUAAUCACAAACUUUAAAUAAUCACUCCAAGCAACGUUGUUUAAUUAGGCUACUAUAAGAUGAGUAAUAAGGAAAGAAUUGAUGUUAAUGUUGGAACAAGCGUGAAGAAGCUAAGAAAGCUUAAAUAUAUAGAACAUACCGUAAUAAUGUCAUGUAUUUAUUGGCAAAGGCUAAACAAAAAGAUGCCAUUGUAUGGUUUCGUACCAAUCUUGGCUUCUUUCUUUUAUUUUUAGAUCGAUAAAUUUGUCAAAAACAUAUUACAGAUCUCGAUUUUAAUAUAUCAUCCGUAAUUUUCACAA